AACAUCCUGCUGAUAAAAAGCACCCAAAAAACGACUCCUAAAAACGAGAGGAGGGGUGAGUGCCAAGAGGAGGUAACUCGCCGGUUCUGACUGUAGAAAAAAUAUUCUGAGCAAAGAUCGGGGAAACGAAUAAGAAAGCAUUCUGCCAAAGCUUAUUAGGCACUGAAUUGCAUUUCUAUUUACAACGCUGACACGAGAACACAGAUGGACAACAGAAACGUCCCUGAAGAUAAACCUGUCCAGCGCUCCAAAUCCUUCAGUUUUAAAACUCAGAAGGAGGUGUGCGCGUCAUGUGACAAGGCAGUCUACCCCAUGGAGAGAUUGGUGGCCAACAACCUGAUCUUCCACUCAACCUGCUUUUGCUGCAAGCACUGCAACACCAAACUCAGCCUAGGCACAUACGCAGCCCUGUCUGGGGAGUUCUACUGCAAGCCCCACUUCCAGCAGCUCUUCAAGAGCAAAGGCAACUAUGAUGAGGGCUUUGGCCGCAAGCAGCACAAGGAGCUUUGGAGCGCCAAGGAGGGAGAGGACAUGACCAAGACGGCAUAAUCACUCCCACGUCCUUUAGCCUCACCCUGAACCCUUCUCACAUCAUCAUACUGAAAGUGUCAUAUCGUGGGCUUUGUUAAAUGUUCCUGGGCGCUCUCUUUCCAUGGGACGAACACGCACACCCACACCCACAAUACAACUGGCCAGACACACCCUGCAUUUGAGAUUUGUUUAUUCAUUUAAUUUGGUCUUAGUUUAUAUCAUUUUAUUUUGAUAGAAACAGAUUUUUAAAUCCUCUUGAAAUUGUUUGUUGAUUGUGACCAAACCGCUCUUCACCAACCACUGGUACGUUUUUGCUGGAUUUUUGAGCAGUAUAUAGUUUUUAUUGUCAAUUUUUGUCUGAGCAAUUUGCACCUUGGUGACACGAGGCGUAAGGCCCCUGUAUGCUCAGGUGAAUAUAUGGUCAGAGAAGCUACAGUCACUCUAAGCUGUAGAGCAUACUCUCAGGUCAACUAUACGGAGCUCUGUUCAUUUUCCAAAUCUAUCUUAGCAAAGUUUGUAUAAUUUUGACCUCUUUCAGUUCCACACAUUCAGUUACAUCCAAUACCAGUUGAAUGCUCUCUAGCUUAGAGUAUAAUUAGCAGAGGCCAUUUGGUGAGUUUGUCAGGGUUCACAUUUUGAGAAGCAAACAGGGUACACUGUACUGUAAAAUAGUCAUACGCUCUUUGUUUAGGUUUUGUUAAAAUUUCUCAUUUUAUAUUGAAUUUGCUCUUUAAUGGCUACAAAGGGUUCAGUUUUGCAUGUUUGUUUGUGCUGUAUUAAUGUCUUGGCCUUUUACCUCUGGUUUGUACUGCCCUCCUGUGUUCUGGAUGAUUUUUUUUUUUUUUUAAACAAAAUAAUCUUGUAAUCUCUUUUUACAGCACUCUUUUCUGUGUAUUCGCUGGGUUUGCCUGACGUUACAGGAUAGGUUGCUCCCACAUGCAGAGGUUUUUUUUUUUUCUUCAUAGUGUAUCGUGACUUUGUAUGUAGCUGUAACUUUAGUGGAGGUAUGGCCCUUUACUGUCUUGUCCAUAAUAUGACCAUGCAUGUUCACGAGACAAGAUGACCUCAGAUUGACAGGGAACAGACCAAGAAGGACCGUUACACAGCUGUCAUACUAUUGCUUGCCUCUUGUCCUUGCAGGGAGCUAUCUGUGCAGAAUUGGGACACGUUACUGUGUAAAACUAAGCUGGACCUCAUUUACAUAGGAUUGUUAUGUCAUGAUUCCACAUUAUGUAAAAAAUGUUGCUUCUGCAGUAACAUCACAUCGGAGAACAUGAACAGGUCUCCUGUUUUUCAUUUUUUAUUUAAAAAGGAAAUCAGAAGUCCUAAUUGCUUUUCUUCAUUCCAUGGUGUGUUUAGCUGAACUGAGUGCCAGGGCCCUUUUUUUUUUUUAAAGUUAUUUUUAAAUCACCUUUUCGGAUGGUCUACAUACAAUUCAAAAAUCAUUGACUUGAUAGGGACUGCUUUUAAUUUUACUUCAAUCCAUUUAAUCUAAUAGCUGAAAUUUGAACCUUUAAAAACAAACUAUACCUAGGAUGUAGUAAUAUAAGAACUAGUAUAUUCUCGGCAUAUACUAUGUUGUGAGUCAACAUUUGAGUAAAACAGACCCUGUAAAUGUAUGCGAUAGAUAUACAAUUGACCAACACAUUUGCUCCUAAAUUGCUUGAAUUGCAAGUAGAGGACCAAUUUGAGAAGUCCCGGACUCUUAGAUGAUCCCCUUUAUUUGAAAAAGACUGAUCAAACACUUUACUCAUAUUUGCAGAGUAGUUGCAAAACGCAUUUCAUAGUUAACACACGGUAAAAUGUACGUCGAUAAGCUUUGGUAUGCUAGGUGAGAUUUCUCAGACCCACUUAUCAAGAACAGUUUGUGCAUUAAUACAAUUUUGACUAGGUGGCAAAAACACGACCCAAUCUAACGAGCAUGGAAGUCAGUGCUUAGAUGGCGAUAAAUCUUACGGAAAAUAUUUAUCUUUAAGUUAAGACCGUGUUACCUGCGUUUCAAAGUUAAUUUCCUGAAAUUCUACUUAUUGCAGCAGGGCUAGUUGAAACGUUGCAGCUUGAAAAUGAUUUUUUUUUGACAUGCUGCAAAUAGAAAAUACUGCCAAAUUCAAAUGUACAAGCCAUGCGUGCCCAGAUGGUAACUAGAAAUGACAGAGCCGACAUGGCUAAUUAAGUGGCAAACAUGAGACAUUUCUGAAGCGCAACCAUAUUUUCUAAAUUGUAAAUUAUGUAUUUUAAUACUCAACAGUAGGCCUAUGUUGAGACUGACUGAUCACAUAAAAGAUUUGGACAAACCGUGGGAGAAAAGUGCUGGCCUUUCAUGCGACUACAGCACAUACAUCGUGUGCAAAAUGUGUAACACACAUUUAAGAUCAGUUCGAAUUGCUAUUAAACAUGGCACUCACCUGCUGUGAAUGACUCCAUACUUCUGGAUUCAGCAUUCACGGUCCAACCGUGUAUGCAAUGUAUGCUUUCUCACUCGAAUGUCGAGUUUCAGUGUGUACACUUUUUCAGUGUGUAAAUUGCAUUGCACAUUCGUAGAAAAAUAGGAUUCAAAUAAUGUUUUUCACCCCUUGACAGUCUCCUAGGGCAACAUUAUGAAAAUUGCAUUCAGUUUCAAUAACAUGAAAAAAAGUAUUUUUGACCAAUGGCAAAAUGUGCGUAUUUGAAGGAAAUGCACUUUUUAAAACCAUGUCACUCUGCCUUUACAAAGUGUGACCGCUGAAAUGUUUUGGUGGGGUCUCACCCAACAGUCUUUUUAGUGGUUCUACAGCGCCAGCAGUCGAUCAGCAACGAGCGACAAACACAAGCACUUAACAAUAAAACGUAGAACACCUAACGGCUUAGGCCAACACAAACUCAAUUUUUCUUUUUAUAUUUUCUUCAUUCUUGUUAAAGAACGAGACUAAAGCCAUUUCAUCGAGUCAAUUGGAAAGUAUCCAAUGCCACUUCACACUUGACUGACGCUUGAAUGACACAAUGUAUUUUUUUUGUGAUGGAAAGUUUACUGUGAAUUAGCCUAGGGCAUGCUGUGCAGCACAGAAAAUAAACUGAGGAAAGAGGAACAUUUUACCUUUUAGUAAAGCCUUAGAAAUAAAUAGCUAAAUACCAGAGCUCCUAACCUUAUUGCUUUUUAAAACUUUUUCUGAGCUCACAUACCUUUCUACCUGUUCCAGCCUAUCCCCUAUGAAAAACAUAGCCUUCUGUUUGUUUUCCACUAGGUUACAAUGUUGGAUGGAGUGGUUUUACUCAGCCAGCUGUUAAUUUAACUACUCAUCAUCCACUCUCUUCUGACCAGUUCUCAUUCUUUUUAUUUAAAUGUCUCAAUUUGUAAGGUUUUCUAUUUGCCUUUAUUUUAUAAGGGUCCUUGAGACCACCCAGAAUGCACCGUAAUCAAGAACAUUAUAUAAAAAUGACACUGUUUCCAUAUCGUUGUGUGUGCAGUGCGCCAAGGUACAACUGCAUUAUCCUGUGAAUUAACUGUCUUUAUAAAGAGAAACAAAUAAAAAGAAAAGGUACACUUUUCCACACUGGUGCCACCAGGCUCAGGUGUAUGAGAGCGGUGUGACUGUGUUCUGUGAGUCAUGUAGUUAAGUGCAAAACUGUAUGUGGACUUUACAUUUAUUUUUCAAUGCAGGUGUCACUUGUCAAAAUGUAAAUGUUUGCAUUUAAAAAUGUAUUCUAUAUAACUUGACAUGUGGAAGGUGGCCUUACAGCAAAAUCGUUUUGGCUGUGUUUUCUUUCACCUCUACUCUCCCUUUUUCUUUUGGAUAAUUAGCCUCCUCAAGUUAAAUUGUUGUAGAAAAACAUGAUUAUAAAUAACGUGAUUUCCCCACACACAAAUGUAUUGUUUGAUAAUUUUCUUUCCAUAGUUUUUUUUAUUUUAAUUUUUUACAUGCUUUUAAAAAAAUAAACAUGCUGGUGUUAAUAGAA